ACCCGCAACUUGAUAAAUAGGGUUUUUGAUACUGCAUGUUUCUGGAAGAACCCAUGUCUCUAACACUUCCAGUAGAAGAAUUGACCCGCUCACGUAUCUCCGUCAGCCUUAGUGGCUCUGGGGGUUUCCCCUUCUUCAAGAUGACACCUCUUCCAGAUGCAUCCCCAGUCGUAGUCCAAGGCAAUCUUCGCAUAAGCUUUCACGUUUCUUCUGAUAGCGACGGUUAUUCGGUGUCGGCUUCGAUAUCAUCGGACUAUCCCCAAGCUUCUUCGUCUUCUUCUUCUCGUACUUCAUUGCCCCACGAGCGGUUCUCCACUAGCACGCAUGACGAUCGGCAUAUACCCUCGUCAGUUGAGUCAGGUAAUUCGUCAAUCCCGACGGAUACCAUGAUGGCAGACAACUCGGAGUCCUAUCCUUCGCAGGACUACUUGUUUUCCACCCUAGGCCUUUACCCAUCGCAUGACGUGAUGACUUCUUUUCCCUUCGAUGGUUCUUUAACGUAUGGCUCCA